AGCGCAGGCUUUGAAAGCUGCUCCCCCAUCUGAAUGGAAACUCGGUACCGCCGGGCGGCGCGUUCCUUCUCGCCCAGGGCUGCAAUUCAUGCCAACGGAAAGGUGGUGCGAGCCCGCGCCAGUGCCCAGCUCCCGGGACAGGGCCGGCAAUGCUGCUGAGCAGAACUUGAACGAGCCCCUUCCUCGCUGCUAGUGGAAGCAAUGCUGCACGGCACGGCCAACGCUUCCUCGGCUCUCCUUCAAGCUGAAGGUUACCCACGCGCGCAGGCAGCCCCAAGCCUGUGAGCGCCGCGCCUCGGGUCCCGGCUCUGGUUACUUGGCGGCGGCGCGCAGGGCAAAGACCGGGCCGCCCGCGCCGGGGCGCACUGCACCAGUGGCUUUGGCUUGGUGGAUGUGUAUGCAUGAGUUCUGCACCGAAUGGGCGCAAAAAGCGCCCCAGCCGGUCCACCCGCUCCUCGAUCUUCCAAAUCAGCAAGCCUCCCCUGCAGAGCGGGGAUUGGGAGCGCAGGGGCAGCGGCUCGGAAAACACCUACAAAACCCAAAGAGCCCUGGACGACUGCAAGAUGCUUGUCCAAGAGUUCAACACGCAAGUGGCUCUGUACCGAGAGCUGGUCAUUUCCAUUGGGGAUGUCUCGGUUAGCUGCCCCUCACUCCGGGCGGAAAUGCACAAGACGAGGACCAAAGGCUGUGAAAUGGCCCGGCAGGCACACCAAAAACUCGCUGCCAUCUCAGGCCCAGAAGAUGGUGAGAUCCAUCCAGAAAUAUGUCGACUUUAUAUCCAGCUGCAGUGCUGCUUAGAAAUGUACACUACAGAGAUGCUAAAAUCCAUAUGUCUACUGGGGUCUCUUCAGUUUCAUCGAAAAGGAAAGGAACCUGUCGGGGGAACCAAGGGUUUGGAUUGCAAAAUUGAGGAGAGUGCUGAACUGCCUGCUGUAGAGGACUCCUCAUCAUCCCCUGUAGAUAUUCAGCAACAAGCCUGGCAGGUUUCCACAGACAUUGAGAACACUGAAAGAGAUAUGCGAGAAAUGAAAAACCUUUUAAGCAAACUCAGGGAAACUAUGCCUUUACCACUGAAAAAUCAAGAUGACAGCAGCCUUCUGAAUCUAACUCCCUACCCCCUGGUUAGAAGACGGAAGAGAAGGUUCUUUGGGCUGUGUUGUCUGGUUUCAAGCUAGGCGAUUCCUCCUGGAAAUCCGCCAUUGGGAAGACCUGGAGAAAAAUCACAGGACCCGAGGACUCCAGACAGCUGAAACACAGUUAUUGGUUUUUGACUAUGUUUUCUAUGCUUCCUUAUUACUUUUAUCACCUCCUCCUGCCCUUUUAAGUGAUUUUACAUUUGAAAGCAGCUGCUGUCAAGAAAAAAAAAAAAAAGAUUCAAAAGGCAGGCUGUUUUUAAAAAGGAUUUUUAAAGCUGACAUGUGCAUGUCUGCUCUAAACCAUACCACGACAGAUGUAAGACUUAUGAUUUUUAAAUUAUUUAAAGGUUUUUUUAAAUGUAUUAUACAGAGAAAAAUUAUUUCAUGUAUAGUAGUAUAUCUGUAGCUCUUGCUGAUCUCAUGUUAACAAUUUAUCAUAUAUGAAAAGGUCUUUAAACAUAGAAAGCUAUUCAAAGCUGCAAAACUAUUCAAAAUCCAAUCUGUCAGUAUCACUAGAAAUAAUAUAAUAGUCCAACAUAUACCACCUCACCUAUUGCUUUCUCUGCACUCCUUUAUGUUCAGUCUUCCAUUCUGUCAGAAUCUAAGAGCUUCAACAUCAAAAUAUUUUAAUUAAUAAUGCAACAAAACCCAUAUAUUAAAAAUAUUUAAAUUUUGUAAAUACACAAUAAUCCUAAUACCUUCCUACAAUGCAUAUGGGCAACUAAUUUCCUUUUGAUCCAAUGAUGUCUUUUUUGGCUUCAUGGAUAAUGAAGUAAUCCAGCUAGGAAAUGGUGUAGAAAUAUAUACAAUUACCCUAAAAUGUAAAAUUGAAUAAUAUCACAUUUUCUUCUAAUUGAAAUCUGAAGCAUGAUGUUUGCACAUCAGCAUAGUGUUAAAUCUUAUAGGGCAUGCUGAAAUUAGCUCAGAUUGUAAAAAUAUUUAACAUUUUACAUUGUUAAUAAAAUCUUUUUAGUUAAGCUAAGCUUGUCUCAUUUUAGAUGACUAUGCAGAUAUGACUUUUCCAAUGUGUACUUGAUGUCUUGUCUUAUGCUUAGAAUCUUGAAAGCAGGACACAUUAAGCAAUACUAUAUUCUAGAAAAGAGGAAACCACACGCUUUGUUUUUCUGCUCACAGUUUUGUUGGGAUCUUCCUCCACUAAACUUAUAACAUGGUACAAUUUUGUUAUUUUUUUCCCUGUUCUUCCUUUGGCUCAUUUCCCAGACAGAAUUUCCCAUGGGUUGAGAGUUCAGGUCUUUGCACUUUUCUUAUUUUCCUUAGUCCGAAAAAUCCUAAUGUUAGAUAAGAGGCACCAGUGUCUGGUACAAUAAAAGGAUGAACUAGAUGCCUACAAGUUGUUUAUCCAAGAUGAUCUUUAAUCCCAACCCUAUACUUCCUCAGUACUUAUGUGCACAAGCAUUUAUUUGUCCACCAAUAUUUUGACCUAAAAAAACAAAGUUUAUCGCUUCAGUGAAGAUCAAGAUAGAUGCAGAUGAACUACUGGAUUAAUUACUGUAUUAGGUUGAAUUAUAUGAAGUUGCUGAUAUUUGACUGUUUUGACCUACAAAAAUGGCAAUUUCAUACAGUUUAAUCUAAUAGCUGGUACUAUGGAAAUUAUCCCUGGAAUUGUUUUCUAGCUCUUGUGAUUGAAAGUAAAAGAAUGAAAGAGUUGAAAGACAUGCAGGUCUUUAGGUUAUACCAGCUGUCUUUGGCCAUCUUCUUGGAGUCAAGAGGUGUGUUCAGUGAACUGGUAAUAAAAGGAUGGUUAUAGGUAUGCCUAUUUCAUAUGAAGAAAAUCCCUUAAAAGUUAGAUAAGAAAAGUUUGAUUUAGUUUCUAAAUCAAACACUUGUAAAACUACUGUGGGAAUAUGUAUUUCAAGACUCCCUGGUGGAUACUCUCUUGAAAGCAAGUAACCACUCCCCAGAUUUACCUAGUCUACAAAUCCUGGUUUUUGUAAAUCAGGUUUGAUUAAAGCUUAUUAUCCUCUCCUGAAUGCAAUUCAUUGUCAUGCCCUGAGGUUAAUUCACUAGAGUCCAAUAUUUUGGGAAUUACAAAAGAGCCCAAUUUGGCAUGCUCUCACCUCCUCCGCUCUCUGCCUCUCCCACCCUUUCACAAUAUUGAACCCCAGCUUCAAUAUUCUUUCUACUAAUCCAUGCAAAGUUAUUAAGUGAUAAGCCCAACCUUGAUGUUCAGCACGUUCUUCUAAAUGCCUGACCUAAAUAACUUCUGCUUGGUUAAUUUGUGCUCACUCUCGCCUUAGUCUCAGUGUGAAAGUAACAAUUACCUUCUGUGCAAUAGUCCUUUGUAUGACUGAAGACUGUUAAUAAAUUCAGGUCUCACCUCCAUGUCUGGGAGGGCUAAAGUAACUAUUAUGGAGAUGGGAAUUUACCUAAUUCCCUAGUUAAGCUUUUCAUAUAGGUAAAUAAAUUCAGUCACUUUACCUUGUAUUCGUAGUGCCUGUUUCCCAAUCUUUGAUCAAUUUUGUAGUUCCCAUGGACACACUCCAAGAUUUAUAGAGCUUCAAUCACUAGCAGGUCCUAAAUUAAAUUUAGUGCUCAAAGUCCUAAUAAUCUACCCUGGCUCACAGUUGCAAUGGGCAAUUCAUCAUCUCUCAUUAGAUAUGCCAAUGGAUUUCUUGAGGACCUGACCCACACUCCUCUCACCUACCAAAGGACUUUCUCAGGUGUGGUUCCAUGAGAUACAGUUCUACUGUCUCAACUUCUUGAUGGUGAUUUGCUUUCAGAAUGGCAGUAGCAUUGAGCUGAUCUCUAGCUGAAGCAGAAAAGGACAUAAACUUUUCCUGGCAUACACUCAUUUAUGUUACUAUCAUAUUUUAAGAUCCCAAAGUGAUUUUUUUUUUCAGACUACAGAAGUAAAACAUGUUCUUUGUGGGAAAUCUGAAAAAAGCAAGAGGGUAUAAAGAAAAUAAAAAUCACUUGAGUUCUACCACAAUCACAUUGUUUAAAACUAUAUUUCCAGGCCUUUAAGUCAGUCCAUACAAAUGCGUGUUUGAUUUAGUUGUACAAAGAAAGGCCCAGAAGGUCAAGGUGUCUCUAAAAAAGAAAAAACAGAACUGCCCUCUAUAAUAGUUUGCAUGUACUUAGUAACAAAUUUACCGACAGCUUCUGGUUGUUCCAUUGUUCAACAGUAGAAAAAAGACUUCUGAAAUUGCUGAGCCCUGAUGACUCCUCUAACACAUGACAGCUCUUGGAGAAAUUCUAAAAUCCUACCAGAUUUUUUUUCCCCGUUAGGUGCUCCUCCAUCGGUUGGGAUACUUACUCACGGUUUGGCAAUACUGCCACCUACUGAAAACUGAUCAUUGGAGUAAGAAAUAUAUCCUAUACAAUUAUCUAAUUUAUUUUAAACUGCAAACAAAUGGGUCAGUUUAACAAUGAUCUCAUGUGAAUUUCAGACUCUGGAAGUCUCAGAGUUGAAAGGAUUAGGAAUAUCAUCCACCCUAACUUCCCACCCUAUACAAUAUACCUAAACAAUGUCUGUCUUUUCUUUGUGCUCUAGAAUGUCACCAAAUGCCAAAUGAUCAACUUUCUGGGAACUAUGUAGGUAGGACAGAUCACUGGAAUUAAAUAUAAAGUCCAGAAAUAAACCCAAGAACAUAUAGGAAUUUGAGUACAUUAUAAAGAUGCCAUUAUAAAUCUGUGAGACGUGGUUGGAUUAUUAAUUAAGUAUACUGGGAUAACUAUAUAGCCAUUUGUCGGGGAAAUGUUAGUUCUAUACCUCUUAACUCUUAUCACAAAAAAUUAUAGAGAAAGUAAAUAUUUACUUGUUAAAGCCCACAAAUAAACUUGCAAAAGGACUAUCAGUCAAUGUUGAUGAAUGUCUAAGUAAAUUUUGUGUGGAAAAAAAAUCUUUCAAUGCAGAUACCAAUGGAAGAAACCACAAAGGAGCAGAUGGUUGUUUCUGAUUCAUUAAAAAUGCAAAUACCUAUAUAGCAAAAAGUAACAAACCUAAUUAAGAGAAAACAAAAUUAGAAAUAUAUGCUAAAUACUAGAAAUUGAAGUUUAAAGCCCACUAUCUUUAGGAAGUUUCCAUAAGCUCUGAUCCCUUUCCCAGCCAAGUGUUCCCCCUUCAUUCUUUCCUUAUUGCACUUUUUUCAUUACUAUUUCUUUGUCUUUUUAUCACCAAUAAAUUAGAAGUUCAAGAAAGAAGCAACUAUGUCUAACACUAAGCUAGACACUAAGUAAAUAUAAAAACAUAUUUACUGAGUUGAGUGAAUAAAGAAUGCAUGAAUAAAAGACAUUUUAUGAUUCAAAAAGAAUCAAACUCAAAAAACUGAGCUAAGACAAUGAACUGACAAUGCAUAUAACACACUAACAAUUAAUAUAAAAAUAUCAACUAUUAAUAAAAAUGCAAAUUGUUAUGAUAUACUCCUUUUUACAUAUCAAAAAGUAAGAGUAUUAAUAAUUAAAGUUCCUGAGGACAGUAAGGGUGCAUGGAAAUGAAUAUUUUCUUUUAGAAUCAAUAAGAGUAUAAAUUGAUUUGACCUUUCUGGGAAAUAUUUUGUCAAUAUAUUUUCAUGCAUGCCAACUAAUUCUUCUUUAGAGAAAUUCUCCUUUGACAGUUCAGAAAAAAAGAACUAAAAUGAGUUUAUUCAUUAUUUUUUAAAAAUUUGCAAAAAGGAUGUUUAUGGCAACAUUAUUUGGAGGAGUAGAGAAGUGUGAAUGAGCAUUAUAGGGUUGGUUAGAUAUGGGACAGCUUUUCAAAGAAAUACUGUGUGGAAAAGGAAAGUUAUACAAGAAUAUCUAUAGUAUGAUCCAAUUUUCAAAAUACACAUAUACAUGUGUGCAUUAGAGUCCGAUAAGCUAUUUGCUAAAAUGUUAACAGUACUUAUUUCUGGGAGGUGAGAAUGGGAGCAAUCAUAUUUUCUUUUUGCAUAUCUGUAAUUUCCAAUUCUUCCAUAAUGAGCAUGUAGUAUCUGUAUAAUUUUUUCAGGGAAUAAACAACAACCUUCACAAUAUAUAUUGAAUAAAAAUACAUGUUAUAAAACUGUAUGUAUAG